CGUAAUCCCCCUUUGCAAUUGUUGCAUGCUUGUACGAGUGAGAUUAUAAGUUAGUAAUUUCUUGUAAGUAUGUGGUGUUGAUGUAAGAUUUGACAUCUCUCUGUGUUCUUUUCUUAGAUAUGUAUUGUACAAUUUAUUGUUUGAGUAAUAUACUGUCCUCUGUAUAAUUUGCGUUGGAUAAAAAAUUUAUAUAUAGUUCCACUCACUGAUGUCAUCUGAUUUUUUAAUGCUAUUAUUGUUUCAUAGAUGGACCAAAGAACAUUAUGCUUACAGUAUUACAUGCAUUAUUAUCACUACUACAUGUGGAGGAGAAGAUUGCUUGCUGCCAUUAUUGUGUGUUUAGGGAUGUACUGGUACAAGAUUAAUGUCCGAAAAAGGAAGAGAAAAUCUAUAACUUAUGCUCCCAUGUUCGAACGAGAUGUUGAAAGGAUGUCACGCCUGAACCGUAUGUAUUAUGGAACCGAGGCUAAUUGCAUAAGUGAGCUGCGCAUGCGGAAAUUUGUUUUUCACAAAUUGUGUGCCAACCUGAGACGUCGUGGUCUACUGGUAGACACAUUCCAUGUAACUGUGGAGGAGCAAGUUGCCAUGUUCAUCCAUGUUGUGGGUCAUAACUGGAAAAAUAGAUCGAUUGGUUUCGAGUUUUAUCGAUCGGGCGAGACUGUUAGUAGGUACUUCAAUGCUGUUUUAGAUGCCCUGUGUCUCCUUGCUCGUGAUGUCAUAUGCAUCAGAACCAUCGAAACACAUUCGAAGAUAACAAGUAGCUCCAGAUUUCACCCUUACUUUGAGGGAUGCAUAGGAGCUCUGGAUGGUACUCAUAUACCGGCAUGUGUGCCAAUCCACAUGCAAGAUAGGUUUAGGGGUAGAAAGUCCUUUCCCACACAAAAUGUGCUAGCAGCCGUUGAUUUUGACCUAAGAUUUACAUAUGUUCUUGCUGGAUGGGAGGGAUCGGCUCAUGAUUCUUAUGUGCUCCAAGAUGCCCUAUCACGUCCCAAUGGCCUUAAAAUACCAGAAGGUAAAUAUUUUCUAGCGGAUGCGGGAUAUGCUGCAAGACCCGGUAUACUACCCCCAUAUGGUCCGAUAUCACCUAAAGGAAUAUAG